GCCAGAGCAGGAGUAACGGGACGCGGGCGGCUGGGUCGCAGUCCCGAAGCCCGGGGGGCUGGCGUCGGCUCGGAGUCGGAGGCCGCGCGGUGGGGGCCCGGCCGUGACGCACGCACCAUGCCCUACCUGCUCAUCAGCACCCAGAUCCGCAUGGAGGUGGGCCCCACCAUGGUGGGCGAUGAGCACUCGGAUCCGGAGCUGAUGCAGCAUCUGGGGGCCUCGAAGAGAAGCGUCCUGGGAAACAACUUCUGUGAAUACUACGUCAAUGACCCUCCUCGCAUAGUCCUGGACAAGCUGGAACGCAGGGGCUUCCGUGUGCUGAGCAUGACAGGGGUGGGCCAGACGCUGGUGUGGUGCCUGCACAAGGAGUGACCUCACGCUGAGUGAACGGGGUAACCCAGCCCUGGAGCCGCUACUGAGGACCCAGCCCCCAGGCAUGCCUCACUGACCGCCCUGCCCCUCUUCCCAAACUGUCACUGCCCCUCUUCCCAAACCAUCACUGUCUGUCCAGCACCGAUGGGCAGGGAUGGCUUUCUCUGAAACCCUGCCCCAGUCAGUGAGGGAGAGCAGGGCUCCUUGCCUGGUGCUCCUGAGGACCCUGGAGUAGGCCAUGUUCUGUGGGCAGGAUGAGCAGCCCGGCCCAGAGCCAGGCACCCCAGUCAAGGAUGACUCCAGGGUGGGUCCUGCGUAGCUAGUCCAAACUAAUAAAGGGCUAUGAUGAGUGGUUACUCCUCUG